UUAUUGAGAUUUCAUUCAAAUUUGGAUUUACUCCUUAUUAAAGUUUCUGUACACGGAGUAAUAUUUCUCCCGUUAAGGCAUCGAACCCUCUUUCCAGCCUUUUACGCCACCGCUCAUGUCGAUGCACGGAUCGGGUCGGGGGGUUCAAGCAGAACCGGAUGAAACCGGCGAGCUCCGAGACGGCGAUGAAACCGCUACGGGGGGAAACAACGAAGAGGAAGGAACGCGAGACCCCGCUACUCUUUCCGAUAGCCCCGGCGACCAUCUGGCCGUCCGUUCUCGUCCGUACCUCAUGAAGAUUCUCGAAAAGCAAGGGGACAGAAACCUGGUCUUUGCCGAUAAGGUUCUGAAGUUCACAGUUUCAGGGAAGAUGAAACGCCGAAUUCUUCUAAUCACUGAUUUUGCAAUAUACUUUGUGGACCCAGAGACUGAUAUUCUCAAGAGGCGGGUAACCCUGGCAGCCGUAGAAAAGCUCUGCUUGAGCAAACUAAAUGAUCACUUCUUUGCAAUUAUUAUCCCGACUGAGUAUGAUGUGCUUCUAGCAAGCACAAGAAAGACUGAAAUUGUAACAUGCAUAGUGGAUACUACCAAGAGUGCGUCUAACUAUGAACUUGAGGUCGUUCACUCAAAUAGGUUUGAGUAUAAUGCAACUGCUGAGCAAGUCAAAGAAGUGACAUUUGAGGAAAUUGAAGGUCGCAUUAAAACACGAAUAGUACAGAACGGGGCUCAGCAUUGAACAUGAGAUUGCAAUUACAAAAGGAAUGUUUUCUUGGGAUGCCCCAUGGAUCAUAGAAUGAUACACCGUGUAAAUGGAGAUUGAUUCUUUCAUCAGUCGAGCUUAUUCCCUGCUUCUUUCAUGGUACUUGUAUGGAAUUUAGUACUUUAGAGCUUCUUGCCCAUUGUGUUGAUAAUACUUGUGUAUCUUUCAGCAAUAACCCUAUUACUCCACAAGAUGACAAGAAUAACACUUUUUUGUCGGUGUGGCCACAAUAUAUAGAUGCUUAUGGU